UUUUUGCUUUUUGUCUUUUGCUAGCGUUGACCCCCACCGCCCACAAUCCAGCUUCUGUAUCCUCUCGAAACUUGACUCAGCUUUCCUACAAGUCCACUUUCCAGUACUCUGAGAUACAGUCGAACAAGCGAAAUAAAGAAAGAUCUGCGAUGCUCUUCCCACGGCGAAAACUCACAUACUCCGCCCUGGGCACCCUGCUCCUCCUCUUCGCCACCUCUACCAUCACCCAUGCAGAAGCUACGAUCCCCAGCACUGACCCCCAUAUCCUCCACCAAAGCACAGCGAUACCCCGUCGCGAAUAUGUACAUCCCACUCCAGCACAUCUCCAAACCCGCGAUCUCCUUGGGAACCUUCUUCCGAUUGGGGCAUCUGAUCCAUCCAAGACAGUCUCUCCUGCACCGCCACCCAACCUUGAACCUGUGCCUGUCCUUGCCCCUGCACCGGAAUCGACUUUGUCCAAGGCCCCUGUUGCUCCCGCUGCCCCUUUGACUGGGCUUGAUCAGACCCUGGCGCCGAGCGGUGGAUCUGGAGGUGAGAAUGGGGACACAAACGAUAAGGGUGAGAAGAAGAAGGAUGUACAAACAACAUCGCCAGCGCUGGCGCCAGUACCCGUAGACCCGCCAUCUGACGGUGAGGGGGAAGGUAGCGGUGGAUCGACGACAUCGCCAUCGUCAGGCCAGGGCAAGAAGAAGCCUGCUGCAGAGUCUUCUUCAUCAUCGUCUUCUUCUUCUGUUGGAUCCAGCCCUUCAGGAGGGGAGAAAGGUAGCAGCAACAAUGGUCGUGACGGCAACCGCAGCGACGACGGCUCAUCCACGGACGAUUCUAACUCUAACCCCAACCCCUCCUCUUCCACAUCAUCCCACUCUAAAGGCUCCGCACUCACCUCUGCAGGCGAGCACGCUGGGAACAGCACAACCCCUGCGGUAACACGCGUUGCAAGUGACGGGAAUAUCGGUCUCUCCGGAGGUCUGAUCGCCAUGAUCGUGCUGGUCCUGUUGGGGAUCACAACGGCGGUUCUUUUUAGCUGUUACCGGAUCCGGCAGUCGGAUCGGAGGCGACGGAAGCGAGAGACGUGGGACGUGAAUGUUUUGAAGGACUAUAUUGGAAGCGUGGAGUUUUCGCAUUCAAUCACGGCUCAGCCAGGAGGAAGAGGGGGUGGUGGUGGAGAUGGUGGGUGUGAGUAUGCGAAGAGAGGGAGUCUCAGAGAGAGCAUCGCUGCAGAAAAGCAGAGCUUAACAGGAGGAGGAGGAGGUGGUGGAAGGAUUUCGGAACGGAUGGUCGAGAGUCCGUACAUGGCGUAUAGGCCAGUCGCGAGUGCUACGCCGAUGGUUGCAAUGGGUGGUAAUGAUGGGCGAGGGAGAUAGAUCCUUGACAGAAGAAUAUGUUUCUGUAUCCUAGCAAUAAAGAUCUUGUGGACAUAU